UUGCAGUUUAACUUGGUAUGAAGAAAUUGAUAUUAGCUUUUCUGGAAUUUACAUACUUCAAAAAGAUAUUUUAUCUGGUUUAGAGGAACUUCAAACUUCUCAUUCUUAUUCUGUUGGAGUACCUAAGAUUCCAAAUGUAUAUUGGGAAGAUAUUGGUGGACUUGCUGAUGUCAAACAAGAAAUUUUAGAUACAAUUCAAUUACCAUUAUUACACCCUGAAUUAUUUGCUGCUGGAUUACGUAGAUCUGGUGUACUUUUAUAUGGACCUCCUGGUACAGGAAAAACACUCCUUGCUAAAGCAGUUGCUACAGAAUGUUCCUUAAAUUUUUUAAGUGUGAAAGGACCAGAACUGAUAAACAUGUAUAUAGGACAAAGUGAAGAAAAUGUUAGAAAAGUUUUUAAUCAAGCCCGAGCUGCUACUCCCUGUGUAAUUUUUUUUGAUGAAUUAGAUUCUUUAGCACCAAACAGAGGUCAAAGUGGUGAUUCUGGAGGUGUUAUGGAUAGAGUUGUCUCGCAGUUGUUGGCUGAACUCGAUGGAUUAAAUAAAUCUACAGAUGUAUUUGUUAUCGGUGCUACGAACAGACCCGAUUUAUUAGAUUCAGCCCUUUUAAGACCCGGAAGAUUCGAUCGCCUGGUUUAUGUGGGUAUUCCUAACGAUCACGAUUCCAGAGUUAAUAUAUUGAAGGCCCUAACUCGAAAGAUGUCAUUGGGGAAAGAGAUUAACUUGGAGCAGAUUGCUUUGGAUAGUCCACUGAAUAUGACAGGUGCCGAUUUUUAUGCCUUGUGUUCAAACGCCAUGAUGAAUUCUAUUAGGAGAAGUAUACAAAAUGUGGAAACAGGCGAAUCGGAAAAUAACAUUUCUUUUGCUGUAGAGAUAGAGGAUUUCCGUGCUGCGUUAAAAAUUUCUGUACCAUCCGUCUCCGUGGAUGAACUGCAACGAUUUGAAAACAUCAAACAGAACUUCAAUUAAUAAAUUUUUAACAAUUAAUAUAGAAAAUCGUAUAUUUGAAAAUUUACAUCAGUAUUUUGUAAUUAUAAAUUUAUAAAAUAAAUAAAUAUAU